AUGAGUAUUUGUUCUCAAUUUGAAGUAUCAGAAGAUAAUAAUCACAGUGUUAUUCAUACAGGAUUUCAAAAUAUUGGUGGAUUUCAAAAUGUUAUAAGAGCUAUAGAUAGAACUCAUUUUAAUUUAACUGAGACAUCAACAUAA